AUGGCCAAUUUUUGGCCUUAUCUACUCUUUCUUUUGGCAGUAUGCCUGGUUGCAAGUAAUGUAGCUACUACUGAUGACUACAAACCUUACAUUUAUGCUUCUCCUCCUCCUCCUCCCUAUCCUCAACCCCCACCUUCACCUUCACCUCCACCUCCACCUCCACCUCCACCUCCACCACCACCUAAAUACUACUAUAUGUCUCCUCUUUCACCUCCUAAGUACCACUAUAAGUCUCCUCCUCCACCUCCAAAGUACUAUUACAAAUCACCACCUCCCCCAACUUAUGUUUACAAAUCCCCACCACCACCAUCUCCAUCAACUCCUCCUCCAUAUGUGUACAAGUCACCACCUCCUCCAUCUCCAUCGCCACUACCCCCUUAUGUCUAUACGUCUCCUCCACCACCAUCACCAUCACCACCACCACCUUAUGUCUAUAAGUCUCCACCACCACCAUCACCAUCACCGCCACCUCCGCACAUUUAUCAAUCUCCACCUCCACCAUCUCCAUCCCCACCUCCUCCAUAUGUUUACCAAUCCCCACCACCACCAUCUCCGUCACCACCUCCUCCUUAUGUUUAUCAAUCUCCACCUCCACCAUCCCCAUCCCCACCUACUCCCUAUGUUUACCAAUCUCCACCAUCUCCAUCACCUUCUCCUCCAUAUGUUCGCCAAUCUCCACCACCACCAUCUCCAUGGCCACCUCCUCCUUAUGUUUAGUAAUCUCCACCACCACCACCACCGUAUGUCUACAAGUCUCCUCCACAACCUUCUCCAUCUCCGCCACCUCCUUGUGUUUAUCAAUUCCCACCUCCACCAUCUCCAUCCCCACCUCCUCCUUAUGUUCACCAAUCCCCACAUCCACCAUCACCAUUGCCACCUCCACCUUACGUUUAUCAAUCUCCUCCUCCAUCAUCUCCAUCACCACCUCCUUCUCACUUGUAUGAAUCUCCAUCUCCUCCAUCACCUUCUCCCCCUCCUCCUUAUAUUUAUAAGUCACCUCCUCUACCAUCACCACCAGCUCCUUACAAUCAUCAAUCCCCACCUCCUCCUCCAUAUAUCUACAAGUCCCCACCUCCUCCAUCUCCGUCGCCUCCUCCACCAUAUGUUUACAAGUCACCACCACCUUUUUACGUCUAUAACUCCCCACCUCCACCAUCCCCAUCGCCUCCUCCUCCAUAUGUCUAUAAAUCAUCACCACCACCACCCUCAUCUCCGUCACCCCCACCACCAUACUACUACAACUCUCCUCCGCCACCAUCCUGA